GAAUAAAACUUUGGUUAUGAUGUACAGGCAUUGUUUCAAUUCCCAAACACUGGAGAAAUAAGGAAGUUAAUCCCUUGUCAACCCCUCAGAGCCUUCGAAGUUGGAGUUUUCUUUUUAAAUGAAAAAACCCGCAAUUUUAACCUGGGGAUGGGUAGUUUUCAGUUUAUUCAUUUGUGCAUUCAAUGCAAGAGUUUCAUUCAAGAUACCUUUCAAUAAGGUCGCAAUUUCAAGCUUUCCUUCGCACACAUCUAAGAAGUGUCGAAGACGUCCUUCAAAGUCAAAAGUGAUGAUGAUGGUUCUCCGCAAUUGUUAAGCAAGGCAAUCACUAUCUUUCAAAAAAAAUGAAAAAAAAAAGUUCAAGAAAAGCUCGCUAAGUCAAAACCUAUGAAGGAGACUUAGGCAAAAAAAAAGUACAUUGGGGCAUCCCGCUGACUGUAAAUCUCAAAUAAAACAGUUCAGGCAAAAGUUAGGGAUAUCAAAAGUCAAAAAAAAAAGAAGUCAAUGAAUUCCAAAACAACAAAAUGUUGUAAAAAAAGAAGUGACUGCCAUUUCAAAGUUAUUUCUUGGCUUCUGAAUCAUCAUUGUCAAACAAGUGCUGCAAAUUCCAAGUUCUCUUGAAAACCUGAAUGCAUGGGUUGAAUCAACUGAAUAUAGGAUGAAGUUCAUCACGAAGAAGGGUUGGGUACAAAUAAAUUUUGAGCCUUAUAUCCUUUGUUUCUGAAACCGUGAACCAGGCCAAGUUACAACCUUCAAAAGUCCUAAUUAAAGCCAGGUUUAUUUUGAAAGCAUACUACAGCAAGGUUGCGUUAACCUGACUCCCAAAGUUGUGCCAAUCAUUUGUCUUGAUCUUUGUGCUUUACCUUUCACUUCAAAUGUCAUGUUUCAUCCUUCUCUUUGAUGCUUUACAAUGCCAUUUCUGUUGAUUUCAAAAACUUGCAUGUUCUUUGCUUUUAAAUUACCAGUUUUGAACAAACAUUUUUGCUUCUAAACAGCAUUCCUCAUCAAGGAAUUUCAAACAGUUGAGAAAUUGGUCCGUGAUCUCAUCAGGGGCAUUUCACUUCAAGAUUCAGUUCAAGGUUUAUCUCAGUGAAAGCUAUUCUCAGAUUGGUUUAUCUAAAGAUUUCUUUCAAGACUCAUGAUGGGGCAAGUGUUUCCAAGUGCCCAGUAAAGCUGUCAUUUCAAGAAUUAUUCAAGCUGAAGCCAUGAUCAGUUGUUCUACAUUAAUCAGUCAAAUUGGGGCAAUCUUUUUCAAGAGAAUUCUCCAAGCAGUUUAUCAGUCCUUCUCAAAGGAUCAUCAGUUCAAUACAAUCUGCAUGUGUGAUAGAAGUGCUUGGGGCAGUGUUCCAUGUGUUGAGGAAUCAGAUAUCCCUUUCUGCCGCACAAAGGAGUCGUUCUCGGUUGUCACAAAUAAAUGCAUUGCAUUAAUCAUUCAUAUCAUGCAUAGAAAAAUUUCAUAUCAUACAUAAAAACAAAUUCAUAUUCAUUUGUAUUUUCACUUUGAGAUCAAAGUCCAACUUACUUGGCAUCUAUCCAAUACAGAUUUAUCCAUUUGGUUCAUUUGUCUCCGCUUAUCCGAUGUUUAUUCCGGAUGUGUCUCUUUUGUUCUGAUGUUUAUUCCAGAACAUGUUUAUCCGAUUUUUAUUCCGGAUUUGUCUCCUUUGCUAUGAUGUUUAUUCCAGAAUCCGUUUAUCCGAUGUUUAUUCCGGAUGUGUCUCUUUUGUUCUGAUGUUAAUUCCAGAAUCCGUUUAUCCGAAGUUUAUUCCGGAUGUGUCUCUUGUUGUUCUGAUGUUAAUUCCAGAACUCGUUUAUCCGAUGUUUAUUCCGGAUGUGUCUCUUUUGUUCUGAUGUUAAUUCCAAAACUCAUUUAUCCGAUGUUUAUUCCGGAUGUGUCUCUUUUGUUCUGAUGUUAAUUCCAGAAUUCGUUUAUCCGAUGUUUAUUCCGGAUGUGUCUCUUUUGUUCUGAUGUUAAUUCCAGAAUUCGUUUAUCCGAUGUUUAUUCCGGAUGUGUCUCUUUUGUUCUGAUGUUUAUUCCAGAACUUGUUUAUCCGAUGUUUAUUCCGGAUGUGUUUCUUUUGUUCUGAUGUUAAUUCCAGAACUCGUUUAUCCGAUGUUUAUUCCGGAUGUAUCUCUUUUGUUCUGACGUUAAUACCAGAACUUGUUUAUCCGAUGUUUAUUCCGGAUGUGUCUCUUUACAACCAUGUUUAAUCUUACAAGGAUUCGAGUCUAUCUCAUACCAUGUCAUUCAAAAGAAAAAAACUCAUACAUUCAUAUCAUCCUUGGGGCAUCUUAGGCUAAAAACCGGGCUUUGUUUGUAUUUAAGUAUCUCCUAUCUCCUAAUAGAAGAAACUUAAAUAGGGGCAGCUGUUGCACCCUGAUUUUUACCCUACGAUUCCAUCUCAUUUGCAUCAUCGCAUUUUAUUUGAUUAUAUUUUAUGUUUACUAACCUUUAAUCAAAAUUGCAAAAAUAGGUCUUGUUUCCCUUCUAUUGUGUAAGACAGGGACUGAAUCGAAGAAAGCGGGAUUUGCGAAAUGAUGCGUAGUUGAUUUAAAUGUCGACUCUUCGAGUUUAUUGCAAAUUGAGGUUUAAAGUUCCAUUGUCUUCAUUUUAAUAUCAAGUUGAUUUUAUGUUAAACUUUAAUUUUAAUUUUUAAACUCUAAUUCAAAAUCAAAAAUUGAAUUAUUGGUAAGAAUUAAAAUUGAUGUUUAAUAUAAAAUCAUUUUUCUUUAUGCUAUUAAUUUCUUUUUUCAUUAUUAACCAUUUUUCCUUCUUUUUAUUACUAGUAUUAUUGUUCUUCUUUUGUCUUUUAUAUUAAUAAAUAAUAGAGAAAUUGAAGAUGGGUUGGGACCCCACAAAGCAAGCAAAGUCACGUUUUCAAGCUUGGUAGAAGCUUCACGUUUUUAUCAGCAAGAAGAAGUUCCAAGCUUCAUCUUAUAGCAAAUCAAACGGAUCCUAGCCAUUCAUUUAGUUUGAUCAAAGGUCCAGAUUCUUCCCAAAAAGUUUCACACGGAUUGCCUUCAACUUGGGAUGAAAACUCAGAAAGCGUGAAUAAAAAUUCCCUCCAAUUCUCACCACAAUUUGUCACACAAUCUUCACCAAUCCUUGCCUAUAUAAACAGACUUUCAGAUUCAAAAAAGGGGGAGGAGAAAACUAGCAAUGUUAUGCUGCCGAAUUGAAAACUCAGUUCUCCUCCAACAUUUUAUUCAAUUCAAACCAUAGCUUUAGAAUAAAAUCAGAGUGCUGCAAAAUCAAUCUCUUAUAUCCUGCAGAUCAAACCUUCAUACACGACAUCAUCAUCGACUCAUUUACCUGCAAAAUUCCAUAGCUAAAUAUCACAAAACCUUCACCAACUUCAUCAUCAACGUUCAACACUACCGAUCUGCAGAGCUCCAUCACUGAAGCAUUCACCACAUUGAAGCAAUACCGAUUUCAUCUUCAUCACCGACAGACUCGGCUCCAGGACAACAACUUCAUGCGGUCUUCGACAGAGAUCACAUCAACUCAGUUGCAGCACGUAGGAGCGGUCAUCUCGCCAAAGCUCUGAUUAAACUCAACACCGAUUCGUCAUCAACUUUCUCGAUUUAUUUUCGAAGAAGCGGAAGAAGCAUUAAUUGGAGUAAAAAGGAUGCGCAUACUUAUCUCUGGAUCUCUCAUCUUUGCAGCUUUUGAAGAGCCACCGGAGCUGCUCCGGUAAGUUGCCCGAGAUCUUAUUUCCAGUUGUUCUUUCUCCCAGUUAAUUGUUGAUCGUCAAGCUGUUUCCUCAACACCGCUACGGAACUAGAGCUGCUGUUAGACAAAGAAUGGCGGACCAAGAGAAACAUAACAUGGAAGUCAGAAUGGAAAUCGAUGAGUUGAAAUCAGGCAUGAUUAAGCUUACUGAGAUGAUGCAAGUGUUGAUGGCAAGGACUGAUCCACCUCAGAGGACUGUUAUUUCCGAAGUCUCUACUGCUGUUGUUGAUCCUUUACAAGUUCAAAAGCCACCUUCUACUUGGCCAGAAUUUGGGUUACCUGAGAAUUUUUCUCCAACAUAUGUCAAUGCUUCUAUGGUGGGUCAAACUUCGAGGCAGAUAUUUCAACCUCCAGUCUUUUCUGAACCUCCACCUGUUGUUCAUACUGUUGCUCAAGCUGUUCCGGCUCAUUAUGACAAUCCUCUUUAUGACUACCGUUCUGUUGGUUCUCAAAGUGUUAGUCAAGGAGACUGUGGUGAAGUUGAAGAAGUCCGUGAGCAAUAUCAGGCAUUGGAAAAGAGACUAAGAGCUAUGGAAGGAAGAAAUUUCUUUAGUGUGAAUGCUGAUAAUAUGGGUCUUGUUUCAAAUCUUGUCAUGCCUUCCAAAUUCAAAGUUCCUGAGUUUGAGAAGUAUAAGGGGCAUACUUGUCCAAGGAGUCAUUUGACCAUGUAUUAUAGAAAGAUGACUGCCUAUACCAACAAUCAAAAUUUGCUCAUUCAUUGCUUUCAAGAUAGUUUGAGUGGUGCUUCUUUGAAGUGGUACAUGAGUUUGGAAAAGGGUUGUGUUCAAGACUUCCAAGAUUUAGCUGAUGCGUUCAUGGAACAGUACAAGUAUAAUCUGGAUAUGGCACCUGACCGUCGUCAACUUCAGAACAUGGCUCAGAAGGAAAAGGAAUCUUUCAAAGAAUAUGCUCAACGUUGGAGAGAAUUGGCUUCCCAAGUUGAACCACCUCUGUCUGAGAAAGAAUUGACUAGCUUGUUCAUGGAUACUCUCUCUCCUUUCUUUUGGGAGAAGAUGAUUGGAAGUGUGUCUUCAAAUUUCACUGAUUUGGUAACAAUUGGUCAAAGGCUAGAAGAAGGAAUUAAGAAAGGAAAAGUGUCUGUUGUUGUUGAUUCUUCAAAGAAACCUUUUGGGGGCUUCCAAAAGAAGAAAGAAGGUGAAACUAGUGCUGUUGAAAGGCCUCGACAGAGAGCUCAACAUUAUGAUCAACCUCAGGUAGCUGCUGUUCAAAUUCCUCGUCAAAAUGCUGGUCAGAAUCAGAAUCGUGUUGCAAGGCCUAAAACAGAGUUUGAUCCUAUUCCGAUGACGUAUACUGAAUUGUAUCCUCACUUGGUUCAACUAGGUUUGAUUACCACAAGGUCUUUUACUCCUAGAGAUCCUCCUCCUGCUGGAUUCAGGGCUGAUCUUCAUUGUGAAUUCCAUCAGGGAGCUGCUGGUCAUGAUUUGGAGCAUUGUUAUGCACUGAAGGCUAGAGUGCAAGAUUUGGUCAGAGGAAAAGUGAUAGAUUUCAAAGCUAUAACUCCAAACGUGCUCAACAAUCCUUUUCCAGUGAAUGACAAAUGAAGCUUCAGUUAAAGUCAGAUUCUCUCCUAAAGCCAAGUGUUUCAGACGGGACAGCUCAUCCUUGUUGCUGAUUAGUCACUAGGCCAUGUUUCUUUACUGUUUGCAUUUCUUCCAAUUGUAAUGUCUGUUUAAUUUCAAACUUGUUUGUUUCUUACUGUUAAUUUUAAAUGAAAUGAGUAUUGCAUGUUUUGAUUCAA